AGUCCGGGCGCAGGAAGUUUCCGAUGCCGCGCACCGAUACAUAUCAGUCUCCCCGUGUCGAAUACCAUGUUCGAUUCCCCCACGGCCGUCAGCUCGCCUAAACGUUGUGCACGCGCUCGCUUUCCGGUCAACCAGCGGUCCAAAUCGCCAUCAUUCUGGCUCCGGAGAUAUCCAGCCUCCAGCACACUUGGCCCGGCCACAACAGCGACACCGCCGAGCCGCAGGGCGCCGCGGCGUCGCGGCAGGAGGCCCACGCCAUUCGCUCCGUCGGCCAGAAGGCCGCCUUUCUGGACCACCAGUCCGUCUCGUUCGACAGCUACUGCAGGAGGUCGUCGUUGCAGAAGAGUGGCUUGGACAAUGAGAAAUGUAGGUCGUCGCUGGAGACGUUCCAUCCUCGGUACCAGGAGAGCCGGCCUUGGUUGCGAGACUUCCGAUCGCCGAUAGGGAACUCCGCCUCGUCCAACAUCGAGUCUGAUUUCGAACUUAAAGGGCGCUUCAAGUAUAAAAUCCCAUACAAAGAACGUACUGAUUUCCUUUCUUUAUCCUUGUCGCCGCCUGGAUCUCGGAAUAAUUUUUCGUUUCGAGAGUUUCCUUCUUUAUCGCCUUCUAAAGACGUUAGUCUUCUAAAUUUAGAUGAUAUACAAAAAAUUCGAUACAUAGAAAACCGGGAAAGCCAAGAGGAUGAAAAAGAUUACAACUCCGGCGGAUACAUGCCAAUCAAUAUCGGCGACAUCCUCAAAGGACAAUAUAAAGUUUGCAGGAAACUAGGAUGGGGCCAUUUUUCAACCGUAUGGUUGUGCCAGAACCUUUCAAACGACGGACCUAUUUACGUCGCAUUGAAGAUAUGCAAAAGCGCACAAAUGUUUACAGUAGUGGCCCAAGACGAAAUAAAGCUGCUGAGAGACACGAAAUUGAUAGACCCCCUUCACAUGGGCUACAGGCAUAUUGUCCAAAUGGUAGACACAUUUAAAUUACUUAGCGUAAAUGGAGUACACACUGCCAUUUCCAUGGAAAUAAUGGGGCCCUCACUGCUACACUUACUCAUACAGUCUGAUUUUCGAGGAAUUCAUUUAAGUGGAGUCAAGAGAAUUAUUACUCAGGUUUUAAAAGGUUUAACGUACUUACACGAACGGUGCCGUAUUAUUCACACCGACAUUAAACCGGAAAAUAUACUAAUAAAAGUCGACGAAAACUACAUAAAAAAUAUUAUAGGUAAAACCGAAAAGUUCGCAGAGCUCGGAAUUGACAUGCCGCGUUCCUACGUUGCCUCCGAUUGCUGGAUCGACAAAGACAGGAGCAUCAGGGACUCGGACGAGAACAUCCUCUCGAAGUUCGAGGAGCAAAGGGGACAGUCGUAUCCCUACGACAAAUUCCUGGGGGAGCUGCCGGACUUCCGGCGGAGGCACUGCGAGCCGCGCCUAAACGCGCCCAUGUGGGUCAGCCCCAACAUCGAAAUAAAAAUCGCCGACCUGGGAAACGCCUGUUGGGAGGAGCACCAUUUCUCGUCGGAGAUCCAGACUCGCCAGUACAGAGCGCUGGAGGUGAUUUUGGGGUCCGGGUACAGCUUCCCCGCGGACAUCUGGUCGGUGGGGUGCAUGUGCUUCGAGAUGGCGACCGGGGAGAUGCUGUUCAGUCCGAAAGGCGAGAGAGAACCGGCGGCUAAUCUGGACCAUUUGUGUCUGAUAUGGGAGACGCUGGGUGGUAUACCGCAAUACAUCACCGAGAACGGUACAAACGUCCGUCAUUAUUUCACGAACGGCGAGCUGCUGGGCGUGGAUAGGAAGCUGUUGAGAAUAUGGAAAAUCGAAGAUGUUUUGGUGGAGAAGUAUAAAUGGAAGAGGGUGGAUGCGAUUCCGUUCGCCGGGUUUUUGGAGAGCCUCAUCGAGCCGGAUCCCGCGCUGAGAUUGACCGCCUCCAUGGCCCUUCAGAGCGAAUGGAUCACGAUGAAUGAGUAAAUCAUUUUCCAGAAUCGUAAUUGCAUAAAUCUGUUUUAAAGACUGAAGUUUUUAUGUUCGUUAUAUUACUGUUUACUUAAUAUGUUCAAUAUCUUCACUAAGGUUUUAUAAAUAAAAGUUGAAAG